AUGUGCCUUUGUCUCCCACAUAUACCUACUAUUGUGGACUACAAAGAAGUGCUGUCAAACAUAGUCUCACUGGAGGGAAGAACUCUUCACCUUUACAGCUUCAUUUGUGAGCUGUCUCUCCUAAACACGAGCCUUUUCGGGUACUCCCCAGCUCGGCUGGCUGCUGCAGCACUGCUGCUGGCUAAAAUCCUGCAUGGCCACGCACAUCCCUGGACCAGCCAGCUGUCUGAGUGCACUGGGUUCUCUCUUGAAGACCUGUUGCCGUGUGUGCUGCGCCUUCACCAAAAAUGUUUCCAUGAUGAGGUCCCUAAGGAUUACAGGCAGGUGUUGUCUCACUGCACUUAAAGACAAUCUGAAGAUGAGCAUUAUGACAAAAUAGGCCAAGAAAAGGUGAUGAGCUACAGCCAGCUCUGUUCACUGCUGGGUGUGAAGCAGGAGGACCUGAAACCCAGUCCCCUGCACACAAACGUCAUAGAAAUUAAAGCUUUCUUUAGCUCUCCCUCUGGAAAGAGAUCUAAAAGGAGGAGGGAAGACAGCGCUCAGGAUGACAGGGGCAGCCUGGUGACUACACCUACAGCUGAGCUGUCCACCCAGGAAGAAAGUCUUCUGGACAGCUUCCUGGACUGGAGUUUAGAUUCCUGCUCUGGUUAUGAAGGUGAUCAGGAAAGCGAAGGUGAGAGAGAUGGAGAUGUCACCAGUCCCAGUGGAAUCCUGGAUGUGACAGUGGUGUACAUGGAUCCAGCAGAGCACUGCUGUCAGGACUCCAGUGAUGAGGACAGCCUCUCUGUCGAGGGUCCUGGGCACGCAGCACCGCCGAGGAAGGCCGGGACUCCAGAUGAAACUCGCAGAGUUUUUUCAGCCUGUGUUGCCUCAAGAAAUCCCAGCUGUGAAGGGAGCUCAGGCUACUCUUCUGUCAGCGGUGCCAGUCCUACAACUCCACAGCUGCCUUUUACAGAAGCACCUCUCAAACCCACCUCAGCACUGUCUGUCCAUCACAUUAGACUAAGCAACAGCUGCAGAGCCAUUCAGCACAGGGGUUCCAUGUCACUGUUGAGGUGCUGCUGAAAGAAGAGUCUCAUUUCUAGAAGCCAAAGCUGCUUUGGUGGAUGAUCAAUUGUCCGCAAAAGUUUCCAGAAUGGGAAGGAAGGGUGUAGGUGAGGAGCUCCUCAGAUGUGUGCUUUCCAGACUUCAGUCAGUCAGCAACUGGUGUUCUGCUGUCAGGGUCCCUGUUUUGAUAGCAGUCAGCAUGGAGAUGGCUCGUGACAUUGUAAGGCCAUGGUGAUGUGACCCUAAAAAUGUCCUGUGGUGACCAAAACAUGGCUGUGUUGAGCAAGGGGAGGCUAUGGCCUGAGAGUUGCCCUACUUGUCAGCACAGGGAUUCUGUGGGGCUCCAUCUUCGGUCUGGUUCUCUUUACUGUUGAUUCUAAUAAAGAUCUGGAAGUUGCAUGAAGUAAA